AUGAUCACCGAGAGAAAUGGCGUGCUGAAUCUACCGAAGCCCAAGGCGUCUCUGCCCCCCAGCGGGAUCGUGGUCGUCCAUCCCGCGUACCCAAGGCUUCGUGCCAUUAUCACUAUUCCAUGCUUCGCCGCAGCAGACGACCCACCCGGCACCCCGCCUUACGCCUACUACAACAUGGUCCUCGACCUGGUCAGCGUGAUUGCGUGCAAUGCUUCUGGGGUUCUGCGUCGUGUGACUAAUCAUCCCUCCAACAAACUCCUUGAAGAACUUGACCUCGAACCCGCACAACCACGCCCGGACGGAGCUGUCAUUCAAGCCGGUGCCUUCUACGCCUUCGUUAUCGAGUCAAAGCCACUAAGUCACCGCAAGACAAUGGUUGCGUUGUCACAAAGAGGAGCGACCGCAAUGCCCUGCAACCGGCGCACAUCGUCCCUCAUGAUCCCGACACUAAGAUCUGGUGGAAGAAACACGCAUUGGCGACUGUGGACGAUUCGAGAAUCGACGGACCGGCCAAUAUCAUUCUACUUGUCGACCACCUCUUAUGGCCAGGGACUCGAUGCAGGCGAAUUUUGCUUCUUCCCUGCCCCUGGGUCCACACAGUUUCUCACUAUCUUCACCGGGGGUUGUUUGGCUGAGGACGCACUGCAAUUCAACUUCUCCUCUGCUGACUUCCCACCUCGGACACCAACACGACUCCUUUUCUUUGCCUUUGCACGAACGGCAUUCAUGCUGGCUCACACACAUCUGCACGAUAGCCUUGUCUUUAAAUUCCGGGGCCCUGACAAAGACGACGAGGGCAAUGCGUGGGUAGAUGCGAGUGAGAAUAUGCAAGAUGACGAGGACAAGAACAAUGGCGGUGGCUAUAAUGAAGCUGGAAAUAACGAAGAUGGGAGCAAUGAAGAGGGCCGAGGCAAUGGUGGCGACAAAGACAGCAAACCAGCCAAGCGGAAACGGGAAACGUCUCAGCAGGCCCGGGGGGAGCGGCCGAAUAAGAAAAAUCAAUCGGCCCUGGACACAGAUAUGUCUGACUCCGACCUUGACUCUGUGUUCACGAAGGAGGGUCUUCGGGAGUACUAUGAGCUGGCGCGGCGUGUGGAGGCGCUGCGAAAAAGAGGGUACUUUGUUGCCGAGAGGUGGUACCCAGGAUUCGAGCAUGCUAUGCAACAAAAACACGAUUGGGCCGUGGCGCAUCCGAGUGUGCGUGACCCGGGGAAUGCCCAAAUCGGGACGAUGGAUUGCUUGCAGUUGCCUACUCAUCAGGACGAUGCCGACGACUCGGAGCCGGAAAGACGACAACAUGAUGCAUCGACAAGGUCUGAGCUGUAG